UCCUUGUCCUCGACCACUUCCAUUUCUGUGCCUUCCGGCUGUUCCUACUCCAAGGCCUUCACCGCCACUGCACAAUCCGACUUGGACACCUUGGCCGGCUGUCAGGCUAUCAAGGGUGAUGUGAUCAUCACCGGUAACUUGGGCUCUGCCAACAUUGCUAACGUCAAGGUCAUCUACGGUGACUUGCAGGUCUACGACACCCAAACCUUGGAAGCUCUCACUGCCGACUCCAUCACCACCAUCACCGGUGCCUUGAAGUUGCACAAUGACACUCUUUUGUCCACUCUGUCCUUCGCGUCCUUGAGUUCCAUUGGUGCCAUCAACUGGGUCACUCUUCCAAACUUGGGUGAAACUGGUUUGCACGAAGUCUACGAAUGUAACUCUAUCUUGGUUUCCGACACCAACCUUACUGCCUUGGACGGUCUUAACCCAACCGACGUCGAGGUCUUCAACGUCAACAACAACAAGCAAUUGGUCAGCAUCUCUUCAGGUAUUGAAACCGUGUCCAACGCCUUGACUGUUGCCUUCAACGGUAACGACACUACCGUCGAAUUUGAGGACCUUAUCUGGGCCAACAACAUGACCUUCUACUCUGUCUCUUCCAUCUCCAUCCCAGAAAUCAUUGCCAUCAACAAGUCUGCAGGUUUCUUCGAAUCUAGUGUUGAAGAGUUGGACUUCUCAUUGGUCACCUCUAUUGGUGGUGAUUUGACCAUCGAGAACAACGAACAAUUGAACUUCAUCGAUUUCGGUAACGUCACCUCCAUUGGUGGUGGUUUGGUCAUUGUCAACAACACCGACUUGGUUUCCAUCGACAACCUCGACUCCAUCAAGUCCAUUCAAGGUGCCGUCAUCAUCAAGGGUGACUUUGACAACUGUACCAUGCACUCUUUGAAGACUGUUAAGGGUUCUUUCGACUUAGAAACUUCCGGUUACGCCGACUGUGACCCAUACAAGAAGUUGUCUAAGAACGGUGGUAUCAAGGGUGACUACACCUGUAAGGCUAAGGCCAAGAAGUCUUCUUCUAGCUCUGCCACUUCUAAGUCUACCAAGUCUUCAUCCACCAAGACGAAGUCUUCUACAAAGUCCACUUCUGGUUCCGAUGACUCCGCUGACAAG